AUGGGCGGGUCUCGCGUGUGCGAUGCUUGCCUUAACAUGUUUGCACGCAUGCUGGUUGUAAUUGUCCUGCAGCAUGGCUGCUGCUGUGGCCGGCAUGCAAGGACCGUGCUUCCCAUGCUGGCUUGGCUUUUGAUCAAGUCCUUUGCUUGCCUUGGUGGCUGCCGGACACUGAAAAUUCAAAAGCACAGCACACCUUCUGGUGCCUUGGCUGUGACUUUUGGCUGGCUCGGCGCCAAGCGAAGCACAGCCAAGGCCACCAUGGAUCCCACGCUGAACAAGCUGAGCGAGCUGCAGUACCUGGCUCAAUUUGCAGAGGCCUGA